AGUUCGGCGGGCGAGAUUUCGGGCCGCGGAUAAAUACGGUUCGCGCCGCGUCUUCCCGUCCCGAUCGAUCCAUCUCUCCCGUGUCGUCGUCGUCUCCUCGAUCGCCUCUUCCCGCCGCCGUCAGCUGCACCGGGGGGAAACCGUGCAGGUGCGAGCUGAGCGCCGCAGUCCAUGUCCGCGCCGCCGCCGGGGGAUUCUCCGUCGCCUCCGUCUGAUACUCCUCCCGACGCGUCCCCGCCUCCGCCUCAACCUACGCCACCAACUGACCCGCCUCCGCCUGACACUGCUCCUCCCCCGCCGCCACCGUCCACUCCGCCGCCUGCACCGUUGCCACCGCCGCCGCCCAGUGCCCCUCCACCGUCGCCGCCUGUCGCGCCGGUGAUCCCGCCUCCACCGCCUGCGCCAUCUCCUCCACCCCCGGAGACGCCAGCUUCGCCUCCUCCGCUGCCGCCGGUGAUGCCGCCUGCUGACUCGCCGCCAGAGACACCGGUGACUCCAGUUGAUCCACCACCGACUUCUCCUCCGCCUGUGACGCCGGUUGAUCCGCCGCCAUCUUCUCCUCCGCCGGUGACACCGGUUGACCCGCCGCCAAGCCGCCGGUGA